AUGUAUGCCCAGUUGAAUUCUAAAACUCUGGAGUGUUACGCACUUCAUCUUAAAUUAGCGAAACAAUACGAAGCAGAGUUUCCUUCUUUUUUGAUGAAAGUGAAAGUAGCUGAAGAGUGUGAGGCGAGAAGAAAAAAGUUGACGCUUGACAAAAAGUUGAAGCUCUUGAAGGUGAGGCAACCGGUCAAAUCGAGGGAAAUACCAAGUGUUGUCGAUUUGGACGGGUUUGUUGUGAAUCGCUCUUCGGAACAAUUCACGGAUAAACAAAUGAGCCUACUGAACAAAGGGCUGAACUAUGCGGUACAUAGGAAACCGCGAAUGGACCAGGUAGUCCUGGACGUCGAGACAGCUAUUAGGUCUAGCAAGUUGUCCUCAACCCAAAAGGACUGUGCGAGGGCUGAAGUAGCAGAAGUCUUGAGGAAAGGUAUCAAAGGACACUCGAAUAAGGAUGAGCUUGAUGUGGUGAAAGAGCUCAAAAAGAAACCGGUGUUUUUUGUGAAAGCGGAUAAGGGUAACUCAGUAGUUAUUUUGGAUAAAACUGAUUACAAUCAGUUAAUUCAAAGUAAGAUCGAUGAGGGCCCCUAUCGAAUUCGCAGAGAGGAUCCUUUGCCAGAAAUGGUGAAGGAAGUAGAAAAAACACUAAAAGAGUGUGGGUCCAUUCUGGGGUUUGCGCCGAUCGCAUUGAAAGUAUCAGCCCCUAUCGUCCCCAGAAUCAAAGGUUUACCUAAGAUUCACAAACCGGGGAAUGAAAUGAGGGAGAUAAUUUCAGGUGUAAACGCACCCACAGAAAAAGUGGCAAAAUGGUUACUAGAAGAGUUCAAAAGGAUGCCAAAACCUUUUAGAACUAGAUCGGUAACCAACACUUUGGAAUUUGUCAAGAGACUUCAAGCCUCAGGCAACAUAGAGGAGGAUGAUAUCAUGGUUUCUUUUGAUGUUUCAGCACUAUUUCCAAGCGUCCCAGUUAAAGAAGCUUCUAAUCUGUUAGAGGAUUGGUUGCUUCAACAACAUAGUGGCAGCGCUUGGAGACUCAAAGUGCGAAACUACAAGAAACUUGUUGACUUGUGUAUGGGACAGACAUAUUUCAAGUUUAGGGAUCUGUUCUAUAGACAGACAAAAGGGGCUCCAAUGGGAAACCCGUUGUCUCCGUUUCUUUGUGAACUGUUUAUGGCUCACUUGGAGGAAACUCUUGAAAAACAGGAUUUACUACCCGAAAAAUGGUGGAGAUACGUCGACGAUAUUUUCUGUGUAGUAAACAAAGAUUUUCUUGAGGAACUCCUGACAGCCAUAAAUGGUUUACAUAAGAAUAUCAAGUUCACUUGUGAAGUGGAAGAGGGGCUGAACUAUGCGGUACAUAGGAAACCGCGAAUGGACCAGGUAGUCCUGGACGUCGAGACAGCUAUUAGGUCUAGCAAGUUGUCCUCAACCCAAAAGGACUGUGCGAGGGCUGAAGUAGCAGAAGUCUUGAGGAAAGGUAUCAAAGGACACUCGAAUAAGGAUGAGCUUGAUGUGGUGAAAGAGCUCAAAAAGAAACCGGUGUUUUUUGUGAAAGCGGAUAAGGGUAACUCAGUAGUUAUUUUGGAUAAAACUGAUUACAAUCAGUUAAUUCAAAGUAAGAUCGAUGAGGGCCCCUAUCGAAUUCGCAGAGAGGAUCCUUUGCCAGAAAUGGUGAAGGAAUUCGAGGUAUUGGCCGGUCGCAGCAUUCAACGCCCAACCGGGUUGCUGGAGCAGAACACCAAGGUCAAAAUUCCCUAG